UUUCAAAUGACAUCAUUUGGUGCAAACAUAAUUGAGGAACGGGGACUUAAUCCAACUUUUAAGAUUCAAGGACAAAUUCAGCACAAUGCAGGAGCAUUGUUGCCAUCAGUUGAUGGCGAAUACAACUAUCUUCAGAUUUAUUUGCUAGGAAAUUCAGAAACUGAAAUAAAUCAGCGCUGUGGCAUUAAUCGAGCAACUAGGCGAGAGAUCAUUGUGCAACUGCAACAACUAUUAUAUGAACAUAACCUAUUAAUUCAAUUAUUUAAAACAGCCUUAGAAGUGAUGCCAUCAGAUGGUCAUAAAAUAGUAAUCAGAGCAGACCUGCUGGUGAACAUGAAAGAUGCUUCAAUGCUCCUGUGUUAAACGAAGUUGCUAUUGUGGUGGUUGGAGAGAAUAUAGACUCUCGAGACAUUCUAAUUCAACGGCGUGAUGGUGGCAACCUUCAGCGUAUUAGUGAAACCCAUCGUUCAUAUAACAGAGGGUAUUGAUGGAUACCAUUUUUUAAUCAAGAUGAUUAAUUCACCAACUGGUAUGUAUCAAAGCAAU